CGUCGGGAGCUGGAGGUCGGUGAUGUCCGUGAAACACCGAAAACAGCUCGUUUACAUGAACCCGCCGAGACACGUGACUCCCGCCGCGUCUUAAACGACAGUCACGUGGUUUGAGGAGAAACCCGGAAGUGAUCGGCCCGGUUUGUCCUACAGAGACGGCCUCUGACGUCAUCGGAGGAGGACGGCGGCCCGGGACUGCAUGAGACCGUGAGACCGUGAGACCUGCUGCUGUGAGGACAGACAGACAGCAUGAGGAAGGACGUGAGGAUCCUCCUCGUGGGAGAGCCCAAGGUGGGGAAGACAUCGCUGAUAAUGUCUCUGGUCAGUGAGGAGUUUCCUGAUGAGGUUCCUCUUCGAGCUGAGGAGAUCACCAUCCCGGCGGAUGUCACCCCAGAGAGGGUGCCCACACACAUAGUGGACUACUCGGAGGCAGAACAGUCAGAAGAGCAGCUGUUUCAAGAAAUAUCAAAGGCAAAUGUGAUCUGCAUAGUGUACUCGGUCAACAACAAGAAGUCCAUUGAAAAGGUGACAAGCCACUGGAUUCCUCUCAUAAAUGACAGAACAGACAAGGAUAGCAGGGUACCAUUGAUCCUUGUGGGGAACAAGUCGGACCUGGUAGAACACAGCAGCAUGGAGACCAUCCUGCCCAUCAUGAAUCAAUACCAGGAUAUCGAGACCUGUGUAGAGUGCUCUGCGAAAAACCUGAAGAACAUCUCUGAGCUUUUCUACUACGCCCAGAAGGCUGUUCUCCACCCGACCGGACCCCUGUACUGCCCCGAGGAGAAGGAGCUGAAGCCUUCCUGCAUCAAGUCUUUAACUCGAAUCUUUAAAGUGUCUGACCUGGACAACGACGGCAUCCUUAAUGACAACGAGCUCAACUUCUUCCAGAGAACAUGUUUCAACACACCGCUGGCGCCUCAGGCCUUAGAGGACGUAAAGAACGUGGUCAGGAGGAACAUGACAGAUGGAGUCAAGGACAACGGACUUUCACUCAAAGGCUUCCUGUUCCUUCACACUCUCUUCAUACAGCGAGGCCGACACGAGACCACCUGGACUGUGCUGCGGAGGUUUGGUUAUGAUGAUGACCUGGAGCUCACACAGGAGUACCUGUUCCCCAUGAUAAAGAUCCCUCCAGACUGCACCACAGAGCUUAACCACAACGCUUACCUCUUCCUCCAGAGUGUCUUUGAUAAACAUGAUAAAGACAGAGACUGUGCGCUGUCGCCAGAGGAGGUGAAGGACUUGUUCAAAGUGUUUCCCUACAUGCCUUGGGGUCCGGAUGUCAACCACACGGUCUGCACCAACGAACAGGGAUGGAUCACAUACCAGGGAUACCUCUCCCAGUGGACGUUAACAACAUAUUUAGACGUACAGCGUAGUUUGGAGUACUUGGGUUAUCUUGGCUACUCUAUCAUCUAUGAACAGGAGUCCCAAGCUGCUGCCAUCACAGUGACGCGUAGCAAGCGCAUCGAUCUGCAGAAGAAACAGACCCAGCGCAGCGUCUUCCGCUGCAACGUCUUGGGGGCCAGAGGCAGCGGGAAGAGUGGCUUCCUCCAAGCUUUCCUGGGCAAAAACCUGCAGGGUCAGAGGCGGAUUAGAGAAGACCACAAGUCCUUCUAUGCCAUCAGCACGACUUAUGUUUAUGGUCAGGAGAAGUACCUGCUGCUCCAUGAGGUGAUGCCAGAUUUUGACUUCCUGUCAGAGGCCGACCUAGCCUGUGACGUGGUCUGCCUGGUGUAUGACAUCAACAAUCCUAGCUCUUUUGAAUACUGCGCCAAAGUGUACAAGCAAUACUUCAUAGAUAGCAAGACGCCAUGCGUGGUGAUUGCCGCCAAGUCGGACCUGCACGAAGUGAGGCAGCACUACAGUCUCUCACCGCACGAGUUCUGCCGUAAACACAAGCUCCACCCACCCCAGCCGUUCACAUGCAGCACGACCGAGGCACCCAACAAAGACAUCUACACGAGACUCACCACCAUGGCCAUGUAUCCACACAUGGCUCAGGCCGACCUGAAGAACUCCACCUUCUGGCUGAGAGCGAGCGUCGGUGCCACGGUGUUCGCCGUGCUGGGCUUCGCCAUGUACAGAGCGCUCCUCAAACAGCGGUGAUCGGACGGCGUGAGACGGCUUCAUUCCCCCCCGUCCCCGUCCCCUCUGUUGACUCUGCCCCGUCCCUCCCACCUGAAAGACUCAAAGAGCCUGUCUGACUAAACAACAGGGCACAUUGCCUCAGACCUCCAACUCCACCUCAUCCCCUUCCCACAAUGCAACACGGGCAAGAAACAAAUGAGCAAAACCAUAGGUACAUUUUAUAUGCAUUUAAAAAAAUGAAGAGUGUGGGUUUUUGUUAAUGUUGUGUGGAAAAGGGUGCAGGUUACUUUUGAAAUCACUUGUCCAACAUUCAAUUUGUAAAUGCUGACUUUGAAUUCUGUGAUCUGUUGGUCUAGUUUAGUCCAGACAGGACGAGUCACUGGAUGUUUUCAGCUGAUCCAGUCCUCUUUUUGUCUCAGGUCAGUAUUAUUAGUUAGAUGGUUGGAGACCAGAGAGAGGCAGCCAUAUACAGCAACACCACAAAGGGACUUGACUCUAUUACUAGAUGUGUAUAUGCAGUAUAUUAUGUACGUAUUCUUCGAAAUUUUUAGGAUUGGACCCGAUAGAACGCAUCACAAGCCAGAAGCAACGCCUCCAGGAGGUGUCAGUGAUACAUCUAACACUAGAAAGGUCAUGAUUGGCAUGCACUUGUUUAUUUAGUGUGUUAAUUUAUUAACCAGUUUUUUUGUUGUCUGUUUUGAGUGCACCGCAUGAAACAGACGGAGGGAUUUACAUUUUCCAUGUAUUUUUGUAUUUAGUAUUACCGAAGCUGUCCGAGGCGGUGUAUCAUGGUUUUCUGCUUCUGUUUUUAUUUUUCUGGUUUUCAAAUAGAGCUAAAUAAAUGUCCCUCAUGUUAUAUUUUUAUGAAGUUAGAGCCACCAUAGAGCAACAGAAUAUGAUAUUAAAUACAGCCAUUCAGUGCACCUCUCCCACCUUAAAGAUAUAAAAGUGUUUCUUCUCAUUCUUCUCUUUUCCAACAUUUACAACAUUUACAAUAAAUCCUUGUACGGCCGUGUGUAAACUUAUUAUUGGCUGAAAUGACAGCUGAUUUAACAUCGAGGGAAAUAAAUUGGUUUUAAAUAUCUGUAAUAAAUGACAUUUAC